AUGCCACUGCACGCAGGCAGCGGGGGUGUGCGCCCGCCAGGCAAAGCGGCCACCGCCGCGCCUAGUGCAGGCCCAUCCAAGCCCGACGUCAAGCAGCUCCGCCAACAAGCUGCUGCUGCCGCCGCUGCUGCCUCUACACAAGGCGAUGACGACGACGACGACCAAGAGACCACCACCGACGACAGCAGCGACGAGGAAGCCGCCUUCGAAAUGGAUGGCCAGGAGCUUUGGACACAGACCUAUUGCGUCACCUGCGACUGCCUCAUCGAACCGGGCGAGGGCAUCGCAAAGGCUUCCACAACCACAGACACUCCUUCGUCUCCCGUCGUACACUCUACACUGAAAAGUCGCUCGGGAACCAUCAAGGGCCGCAGCUCCAACGCAUCCGAUACCCUUGCCUCGAAUCCCGACCAGUCCAAUGCUGCACCUGCCGCAAAACCCACGCCCCCCGCUCCACUCAAGCGCACCCAUUCCGCCGGCCGUCUCCAAGCCAAGGCUGGCGCCGCUCCACUCGGUCCACACAAGCGCACCGGUAGCGCGGGCAGUCGGCUCAAUGCUCUCAGCGAGCUCCGUCCCACCACGAAGCUGCAUGACGACAAACCCAAGCCCAAAGUGUCUGGUCGUGAUGCGUCCGGUCCACACGGUCGUAAGAGUCCUGCCGCGUCACGACCCGGCUCGGCGGCCAGCAACAGAUCCCAUUCCAACAGCAGCGGUCCAUCCUCCUUCAAGUCCAACGAAGCCGUCGCUGCAGCUAGCACCACCACCAACAGCACCGACGCUCACGCUCGCACAAAGAAGCGCGGCUUCCUCGGCGGUCUCGGCCUGACUCCCGCUGUCCUGAAACAGCAGCAGGACGAGCUGUCCGCCAAACGCAAGGCACCCACCCCACUCUACUGCUCCGAGCGAUGCCGCCUGAUCGACGAACGUCGAUCCUCUGGCCUCGGCGAGCUCGCGCAGUACCUGUCACAACCGCUCUUGCCGCCUACCAACACCGCAUGGGCACCUCCGCCUCCACCCUCCCAGUCGUGGACCCGCUCCGCCAGCGUUUCUUCGAUCCCCCUAGCCAACGACACACCAGAGAGCGAUUGUCUUUGCCCCGAUUGCAUCGACAAGUAUGCCGAUGGUAACAGCGCCAACGGCGCAGCCAUCCCGAGCGGCGCAAGCGACACGGCGACAGAAAGCUCCAGCGGUUUCGUCUACGGUCGCGGUGUAGCCCAGAAGCCACGCACCGCCAGCGGCAGGCUCAUCACUCCCCUCGGUCUGCACGCUCCUGGCGCGGGAACCGAUGAUUACUUCCCUCAAUAUGCGCCCGGAUACACCAUGACAUCCGCCGCACAGAACAGUCCUAGAGUGCGUCCUGCCGAACCGCUCCCCUAUCACGACACUUUACGCGGCUCCUCCAUUCCCGCACGCACAUCUUCGGCUGCGAGCGGGGGGAGAGCUAGCACAACCGGUACCGAGGGCAGCGGCCUCAGCUCGGAAAGCGGCAGCAGUCUGUGGGAGCCUCGUCUCAAGCCCCGCACAAACUCGGGUGCUCAAAGCGCUACCGGCUCUCACACCACCAUGCGCAACGGCUUCGCUACAGGUGCCGGUGCCGCCCCUGGCAUUGCCUCUGGCCUUUCGACCAACACCGCUACGCCUGCAAUCACACCAAGACAAUCCAUGAUCGUGCCCUCGUCGUCUGGCUCUCAUAGCACCGCCAGAACUGCUCAUCGUUUGUCGGUGCCAGGAUUUGCUGACACUCACCAAGUCGAUGAGGAGUCAUUGCACUCAUCGAGCAUCAACCGCGCUACCACGCCCUCGUCCACCUUGCCUCAUCGACCCGCCUCUCGCUCCAAAAGAUCAUCUUUGCUCCUGGCCACAAGUCCGCUCCACCUUCUCGACAGAGCCAGCCAACACCACGCUGCUCCCUCCAUCGACCUCUUCAGCGAUCACGUCGGCAGUCCGAGCACAAGAGGCUCGCUGCUUUCACGCAGUCUCGCUAGCGAGCACACGCUCAUGGGCACAAGCGGCAUCACUUUGAUGAAUCAGCCGACUACAAUCCCCUCAUCGGACAACGCACAUCCACAGCUUCACGAAGCUCGAGUUGCGAAUCCCGGUCGCCGCCCUUCCGUACUGUCUCAGAGCCUGUCGUCGCAGAGCAUGGCCGAGCCGUAUAGGAGAGAUCACAGCACGCAGUUGACAGACAGCGACGAGGGCCUCAGCAUGGCUGUUGGCAGUCUCAAGCUUGCACAGUCUCGUGUCUCGGGUCCCCUGUCGUCGAACACGCGACGCGCGACCGACACGUCCGAGACCAGACCUACCGAUCCGCGACGAUUGUCUCUCUUUGGCGUCGCUGGUGCUCCCGCUCGCCGCAAUUCGAAUGCCGUGUCGAUCUCCAGCUCCAACUCGGGUUCCGCCACCAGCGGCUGGCUUCGGUCCAUCUCCUCAGCCUGGCUCAACUGGCGCUCUACCGCCUCUCCAGCCCCCAUGCAACACGACUCGGACGUCUUCCACUCGACCGAUGACAGCGACGAAUGGCCGUCUCGCGGCUCUGACAGCGCUUCCCGACGUGAGAGCAACGCCUCGCGCGCAAGCAGCAGUCAUAGGGCCUCUUAUGCCCAGAAGCGAGCUUCUUCCAUGAGAGACGUGCACACAGAGCAAGGCGGCAUGCUUCAUCCUGCUGACAUCUCGCAACAGCCCGCAGAAGAUCGCGCUGCCGUAAUCACUCCGACGCAAAGUCUGGUCGCCAGGCCCACCAUCCGCCGUGGUCACGUCCCUGCCUACGUUAGCGAGAUUGGCCAAGGUGGAAUUCCUGGUGAUUCGUUGCCCGUCGAUGCCAGCAGGGGUCACAGCGCAACCGUCACCGCAGCAGACCCAGCAGAGCGGCUCGCGCGCGCUCGCGUCGACAGCUUCACUCGUCUUGCUGAUGCAGAUGCAGCGCAGAAGAAGGCAAGCAGACGGAGAAGCCGCGACAUAUCCGUCUUGCCUCCGCUGCUGGCACCCAUCAGCAGAUCGGGCAGCAGCACCAACCUGUACGCACAGAUGCCGAGAAGUGCCCGUGCUUAUUCCACCGGUCGAGCCUGGACUGCCGCGAACACGCCCCAGAUGUACGUGGGCAGCGCCGGGUCAUCGCAUCAACAGUACGCGGCGGCCGGUCAGCCUCCUCAAUCGCCAACGCUGAUGCGCAGUCCUUAUCAAAGCAGUCACGCUCUGACGCAGGACGCUGCUCGCGCGGCCAUGUCUCCCUCGAGACCCAACAGUGCAGCAGCCUACCACUCGUUGCCGUAUAGCGCAGGCACUUCGCCGCGAGCCAAGGGUUUGGGAUGGGGUGCCAUGACGUCGAUUGCUUCGCCUCCCACUGCAUCGCACAUGCCAGCCGCCGCUCCUGCUCAACACGGUGGCCAUCGUCAGAGCAUCAGCUACGGCCAUGCUGCUGCCAUUGCCAGUCGACAGUGCGCCAAUCAGGCACAGAAGGCGCAGCAUCAUCAUCACCACCACCACCAUCACCAUCACGGACACCAGCACGAGCACCAGAAUCAGCACCAGCACCACCAGAGUAGUCGACACGGGCACGGGCACGGUCACAGAAACGGCUCGUUCGGAUCGGAGCAGCAUGCUGCAUCCGGUCAGGCAGACGGCCGUGUUGCUGUGGGCCACGUCAUGAACCUCGGGGCGAUGCCGCACAGUGCAGGACAGCCUGCUUACGGCCGCCACUCGACCAUGCCGGUCACCAUGCAUCGCAGUCCGACCCCUAGCGUGCCCGAGGACGGCGGUGAGAUGACGUCGCAGGAUCUCACCUCGGGCGACUUUGUGGUCAGGCCAAAUUCAGCCAUGGCCGGGCAAACCGGUCGACGUCACCAUCGGACCUCGCUGAUGCCGCCACCGCGCUCACGGUCGUCGAUGGGCAUGCACGCCAGUCGAGCUGGUGUGCAGCCGCUCACUCCUAGCGAGGCGGUACUAGCGCCUGCAUCUGAGGACGUCGCUGCCGAAGACGGUGCUAACCAUGCCGAGGCGCCGCUGCUGCAGCAGCAGCCGCAGCAUGAACCACCUCGCACCUGGAGCUACGAUCAUCUGUCGGGCCUCAAGACCUACCCGAUCUUGCAGCUGCCCGACCGUGAGACGCACGAUGUCUACGAUCCAGCAUGGGGUCUGGACGCUGGCGGGCUCGCAAAGCAUCUAGGUCAGGACCGAAGCAGCCACCCAAGGUCACAAGACGUGGGCACUAGUGACGGAGUUGCUGAUGAUGCGAGUGGUAACACAGUGCAGAUGGGCUUCCAGCCUCACCGCAAAAAGCUGUUCUACUUUGAUGCCUAG